AUGAGGGAUCUUUUCAAAGAAAUAUGCAAUGGUGAACUUCCAUCCACACAGCAAUCUCUUCAAAUGGAACAAUGGGGAUUGGCACCUGUUCCACAUUGCGAUCAAGUCCUGUGCACCUUACAUGCUGUGGUAUCUUGCUAUUGUGGAAACACCACUCCCAGCAACAUGCUGUUCGAUCCCACCCUCAAUAGGCACCUUGUGUGGGCUGUGAAUGCCAUUGCAAGAGAAUUGGGCACAGCUGCAAGGGACCAGUAUGGUGCAGCCUCUCAGGGCCUUCAACUCAUCAAUAUGCUCAAUUUGAUGGAAGUUGUUCAUUAUCUGUGUUCUGCCUUUGAAAAUUGUCCUGAGCCAUUCAUUGCCAGCCAAUCACACCCAUCUCACCAGUCUGUGGUAGAGAUGGGUAUCCUCUACUUGGUGUGCUGGAUUGAGAUGGCCUCUGUACAUCUGAAGCAGACUGCUGAUAUUGCAGGAUGGCCCAUGCAUUGGUUUGCAAAGCUAGCAAUGGAUUCGAAUCAGCUUAAUAGCUUGAUUCUGGUGAUGGUGUUGCAUGCCAGUUAUACUCCUCCCCUCCCAGCAUGCUACCAUGCAUACCUCAGACACCAAGAUGAUGAGCUAAUUCCCCUUGGUGCAUUUUGCAUAAUCAACAAUAUCAGUGCCAUCAUCCCACAUUGGACCCCAUGCACAGCUGAUCCCAAUUCUGGCUUUGCAUUCCCUUGGUGGCUAUAUCAUUCCAAGGAAUAUGCAGCAGAUUCCCAAAGAUUGCAAGGCAAGGGAUUGUUUUCUGCAGCCUGGGAUUUUUUUAAGUUGAUGAUGGCCCAGGGCUUAUGGCCAUUGCCUGAGGUGCCAAUUGCAGACUGUCUCAAUGGCCAUAUCAAGGAGCAGGUAAACUACUGCAUCAAAAAUAUUAUGAAAUAUGCUGAUGUUGUCAAUGGUCAGGGUUGA